GUUGCUAUUGCUCAAGUUCUUUCAGGUCCGUUCUUUCAUUGCACUUCGGCCAUUUCUUCCAAUAUUCCCGCGUUUUGCAAUGCCAUUUUCGCCCGAUUUACCUCUUCUCCCCGGUUAACUUGGGCAAUACAAUGUCUGCUAACCUACCUUACGAGAUAAGCAAAUUUCAAGAACACGUUAGACUCCUAAAGCAGAUCAAAAGAGACACCAAGUCAGCAUUCAAGGACAUUCACGAAUCAGGGCAGUACAGUCGCGACGUUCUCGCAACUUUUCUUCCCGCAGAUAAGUGCCAAUCUUUAGAUAGUGUAUGCGAGAAACCACCGACCAUCAUAGUAGUCGGACAGACUUGCUUUGCUAAAGUAUGUGUGAUAAACGAGCUGCUUGGGGAGCCUGUCCUUCCCUCGGUAGAAGAUCUAGAAGGAGAUCGUUCUUGGAGGAUGAUACGAAUCAAGUAUGGCAAUAUUUCGAACGUUAGUCUAGUUUUACCGGACAGUUUUGAGCUAGCUGCAGCUCUCAAUGCCUAUGAGGGUUGCUGGCAAUGUGUACCUAGAGGAGACUUAGAGCUGAACGACGAGGAAAAGGCCGAUCCUGCUAUGGCAUCUGCAGUAGCCGAGAUCUCCCUCAACCAUGCUCUUCUGAAAGCGGGUGCCCAACUCGUUUGCUCCCCGAGUAACCCCGAAGGGGACGCAGAGAACAUAUUCAGCGCUUGCUGUGAGGACGUUCUUCCUAUCUUGGUCUAUUCUAUCGAGCAAGACUUCUUGAGUGACAAGGAUGAGGCAGAGCUUCUCCAGAUCAAAGCCUUGGCACCAGAUUUGCCAAUAUUCUUUGUCAAGUGUAGUCGGAAAAAGCCAGAUCUCACAAAUUCCAUGACUGAAUAUGCACAGCAUGAAGCAAUAGAGGAGUUUGCUGAGGCAAGGACUAGGAUAUUUGAACAGCUCCGUAAGAUUGGUUAUCUGACUCAGGAAUCACCAGAGCAAAAGAAGGCACUUCAGCACGAGGUUUUAGACAUCAGAAACGCUAAAGCAAUACUGGAUUCUGUGAUUCCCAAGUCAAUGCUCAUAGAAAACUUUUCACUGUUUCCAUGCUUUUUACUGUUUGUGCGACAGGUAUUGCAGUUUCAUUUGGUUGAAGCUGCGACUGUCAUGAAUGACGCCCAUUGUAGGGCCUUGAGUCUGUUUAUAACCACUGCUUUUGACAUGGCUAGAGACAUGAUCAUCACCCCACGUAGGCUGGAAUACGCCAAGGAGAAAGAAGAAGAGUUAUUCCUUGCUUUGAUGGAAACUGCCACCCGUAAGCAAGAGGAGAUAAAGGAGGUCAUCAAAAGCACAAUUGAGAAUCUUUCUCCUCAGAUUUUAAAGGAAGUUGAAUCUCUUGAAUUCCGUGGAGUCGAAUGUUCAGGAGAGCAGAAGUUGUUGAAUCCAAAGGACUUAGAUCACUGUACUUUCCAGAUUCAGGAGCUUGUGCUGGGUAGGAUUAAUAAAGCUGUAGCAGGGAAUAUGAUCAGCUCAGUGGAGUACUUGAGAGAAAGCUUUGUUGGGACGCUUCAAAGAUGCAUUGAUAGCUUGGAGAAAAUGGACAGCGACAGCCGACGCAAUGGUGAGGCAUCAGCUACUGCUGCACUAAAGCAUGUAAUUGAUGCUGCCUACCAAGUUGAGGUGACAUACCGCGCUAGCUCAUCGCUUGCUCGUCUACUCUGGGAAAAAAUGAAGCAAGCUAUACAAACCCUCCCUGGCAAGACCCCACCCAAAGUUGACUCAGCAUGGAAGCGCAAAGUGGCGCAAGACAUGUUGACCAGCCUUAGUGAGACACGCCUAGCAAAGCAUAUCUGCCUCCAGUUCCGAACGCGGCUGAUCAAAUCUCAUGAGUCAUUUACUUCUUGUAUGCGAAUGCUCGAAGCUAACCAUACCGGCAGGCUGGAGAAAACAGAGGAGCAGAGAAUGAAAGUGCGUAAAUCCCACGCCCCUAAAAUUGCUCGCCUUGCGCUUGAGAGCUGGUCCCUGCGUGAUGUGGUCCUGUAUGGUAUGCCACAGCUCAGCAGAGAGGUCGGGCGGGGUCAGUAUGGCGUAGUUUAUGCCUGCGACCGAUGGGCAGGAAGACACCCUUGUGCUAUCAAGUCAGUUGUUCCUCCCGAUGACAAACAUUGGAAUGACCUGGCGCUUGAGUUUUUCUAUACCAGGUCUCUCCCCCUUCACGAUCGUGUGGUCAGUAUCAUUGGUUCCGUGAUCGACUACAGCUAUGGUGGCGGUUCGUCGCCAGCUGUCCUACUUGUCAUGGAUAGACUUCAGCGGGACCUGUACCAGGGGAUCAAGGCGGGGCUGAGCUUUAGGGCGAGGAUGCAUGUGGCUGUGGACGUGGUGGAGGGGAUCCGCUUUCUCCAUAGCCAAGGGCUUGUGCAUAGAGAUAUUAAGCUUAAGAAUGUGCUGCUUGAUUCCAAAAACCGCGGCAAGAUUACAGAUCUCGGGUUCUGCAAGCCAGAGGCCAUGAUGUCUGGUUCCAUCGUGGGCACCCCUAUACACAUGGCUCCCGAGCUUUUCUCCGGUCAUUAUGACAACAGCGUGGACGUCUACGCGCUUGGGAUCCUACUGUGGUACAUCUGUGCAGGAACUGUGCGACUCCCCCUGGCUUUCGAACAAUGCGCGAGUAAAGACCACUUGUGGAAUGCCGUGCGCAGGGGAGUGCGACCGGAGCGACUUGCUAACUUUGAUGAAGAGUGUUGGAUGCUGAUGGAAGCUUGCUGGAGCGGAGACCCAAGCGCUCGCCCCCUCCUGGGCGACAUCCAGCCCCAGCUGGUGUCUCUUCUGCGGCGCGCAGAGGCAAGAAGUAGCUCGGCAGCUAAGGCACGGAGGGCGGAGCUAGCCAAGAAAGAGCUCAAAUGAUUGACAGCUAAUUAUUUCGCGCAUUCGCAUUAGCUAUAGGUAGGCACUAGCGUCUACUCACAUGCUUUAUUGCCAGGUCGUAGCCUGGAUUCCAUGCCGUGUUUAUAUGCAGCAUAGGGGAGAGCUAGUCAUUACAGCGGGGAUAUUUACUAGAGUCCAAACUCAAAGCACGUGACAAGGGGAUCACCGAAUUGUAAAUAACCAUCAGACCGAGUGCCAAACACGGGAUAAGCACGGUUUAUCCCGUUUAUCAAAACGAUUUAUUUUUUUCGUGAGCAAACCAUACUUUAAUUUUAAAGUGUAAAUAAAAGUAUUUGUUUAUAAA